GUCCAGCACCAGAUCAAUGAACUCAGCCAGGUUCCCCUGCCGGUGAUGCUGCUACCCGAUGACUUUAAAGCCAACUCUAAAAUCAAAGUGAACAAUCAUCUCUUCAACAGGGAGAACCUGCCCAGCCACUUCAAGUUCAAGGAGUACUGCCCGCAGGUCUUCCGCAACCUCCGCGAGCGCUUCGGGAUUGACGACCAGGACUACCAGGUCUCCCUGACGCGCAGCCCGCCCCACUACGAAGGUGAGGGGAGCGACCGGCGUUUCCUCACCUCCUACGACCGGACGCUGGUGAUCAAGGAGAUCUCCAGCGAAGACGUGGCUGACGUGCACAGCCUCCUUUCGCACUACCACCAGUACGUGGUGAAGUGUCACGGGCUCACCCUGCUGCCCCAGUUCCUGGGGAUGUACCGGCUCAGCGUGGACAGCGAGGAGACCUACAUGCUGGUCAUGAGGAACGUGUUCAGCCACCGGCUCGCCGUGCACAGGAAGUACGACCUGAAGGGCUCCCUGGUGUCCCGAGAAGCCAGCGACAAGGAGAAGGUCAAGGAGCUGCCCACCCUGAAAGACAUGGACUUCCUGCACAUGAGCCAGAAGGUGUACGUGGACGAGGGGCAGAAGGGCGACUUCAUGGAGAAGCUGAAGAGGGAUGUGGAGUUCCUGGUCCAGCUGAAGAUCAUGGAUUACAGCCUGCUGUUGGGCAUCCAUGACGUGCUCCGGGCCGAGCAGGAGGAGGACGAGGAUCUGAAGGAGGAGGAAGAGGAGGGGGAAGACGUCACGGUUGUGGGCUCCUACGGGACAUCCCCCGAGGGGAUCGGCGGCUACCUGAACUCCUACAAGCCGCUGAGCCCCGGGGAGUUUGACCCCUACGUCGACGUGUACGCCAUCAAGAGCGCGGAAGGCGGGCCCCAGCCGGAGGUGUACUUCAUGGGCCUCAUCGACAUCCUCACGCAGUACGACGCCAAGAAGAAGGCCGCGCACGCCGCCAAGACCGUCAAGCACGGGGCCGGCGCGGAGAUCUCGACCGUCCACCCCGAGCAGUACGCCAAGCGCUUCCUGGACUUUGUCACCAACAUCUUCGCUUAGUCGUUACCCGCCCGGAGAGGCCCUCCUCCUUCCCCCCCGUCUCGUCUUGUGGGAGCUGAAGAUCAAAGGUGUCCCCUGCCCCCCACCCCUUGGUCUUUGUGCCCCCCGCUGUUGGCUGGCCCGAGGGCUCAGCUGAGCUCCAGAGAAGCCCGGUGGCCGAGUGGGCCGGGCGGGCUCGGUUGCAAACCCAAGUGCCUUAUCUUUAUCCGCCCUGUUGGGCGGGAGAGCGGGGGAUGGAUCCUCUGACUGGGGUGGGGGGGGCUGCUGGCUGAGGAGCCCUGUCAGCUCAGCCCAUGUCUAGGGCUGGGGUCUGCAACCAGCCCUGUCUACAGGGCAGAGGGUGGGGGGAGGCAGCCCGGGCCCUGCAAUAUGCAAUAAAAGAUUCGACUCUUUGGUGCCUUAGAGGGGGCAGACAGUUCCCCCCUAGCAACAGUGACACCCCCCUCCCGUUUUCCUGAGCCUGGGGAUGGCAGCGGGUCCCCUCUCCUGCCCGCCCCCGUGUGUGCUCUGCACUGGUGCCCCCCGCUCUCCCCAGAAGGGAGAAGGUUCUCUUGGCCUGUCCCGCGGUGUAAUUUAUUCCUAGGUGAAAUCUCCCGGCUGGGGUCGCGGGGGCAGUUGUUAACACUAGUUUGCAUUGGGGUCCCAGCCCCCCGGUCUGCAGCCACCUCUCCCCACACACUACAUCCCCGGGGCCUGCCCCCAGCCUCACCCGCACGAGGCCACGAGCCACGUUUGGUGCCAGAGCCUAGGUUCGAGGCAGGGCCGAGCUUUGGGCCACUGGUCCUCGUCUCUGGGCUGCUGUGGCCGGAAACUGCCCCGCGUGCCGGAGGGGAGCGACUGGGCGCAGAGCUCCCUCCCCCCGGCUGCGAGUAUGCUGGACUCCCGGGGCCGGCAGGCCCCCCCAAGGAGAGGGUAAGCCCCCCCCCUCUAAUUCAUUUCAGCAGCCUCUACCAGCCACAGCACCUUCCUCCUGGCAUGGGGCAGCUGGCGGGUGCAGUUCUACCCUUCCUCCAGCAGGAGGCGCUUGCAGCGCUGCCCGUGGCUUGCAGGCAAGGCUCGUGCUAGAUUCAGCUUUGCCUGCCCGGGGUCUCAGCGGCCCCAGGGAGGGGGCAUAGCGUUGCUGCUCCCUGGCACCUGCUGGCCACGGGUUGGGCUUUCCCCUGGAUGUGGGGCUGCUUCUGCCCUUGGCCUUGAGCCCUCCUCAGCCCUGGCUUGGUUCAUGCGGUGAGCGGACAGGGGCAGGAUAUGGUUGGGAAGUAGCAGAGCCUUACCGGCCUUGUCCCCUCUCCCCAGGCCUGGUCUGCAAUCCGUUAUCCCCACUGCUGCCUUGGAGGGGGGGCCAUGGUAGAACAGGUCAAAGAGGUACUCUGAACUCGCCCAUGGGCUGCCUGUGAGCAGGGCUGGCCAAGCGGGACGCAAUGCCUGCUCCCCUACCCAGCGGGGGCAGGGGGUCGGCAGGGGUUCCCAAGCAGCAGGCUGGUGCCCGAGGCCCCAGCUGCGGUUCCUUGCCCUCCAGCGAUCCCGCGACACGCAAUAACGCUCCGUGCGCCAGCCUGGGCAGGGCCCCGAUCCUGCCCUGGGGCCGCGCAGGGAGAGGGGCCCUGCCGCCCGGGCUGCAGGUUAGUCUGUUGCACCUUCUAUUUUUGUAAACUCUGGUGUAUUUCCGUUCCCUGUGUCUGGAUAGAAAUAAAUUAUUGACUGACAGCA